AUCUAUGUGUCAAUUUAUGAUCCGUUAAAAAUAUUACUUAACAAUAACUGUUAGAUCCAAAUGUUUAUAUCAAUUGCUAAAGUUAAAUUUAACUAUAAUUUUAUAAAAUGCUAAACAAGGUGACAUUAAUUACGUGAGUAAUUAUUCUUUUACUAACUAGAUAUUAACUUUAUGAUCGAGAAGAGGAAUAAUUCUUUUAAUAAUAUCAAACGUAUUUUAAGAGAAAAAAAAAAAGAAAGAUAUUGUCUCGUUAAAAUUGCAAAUUCUUUUCUGAGAAGGAAAAGAAAACCAUGUAGUAUUAUAUAUAGGAAUUUUGGUAAAGGUGGUUCCUCUUUAGGUUUAAACACGAACCCAUCGCCGCCGUAGAGGAUCAGAAAUCCGAAGCAAGCAUGAGCACGAUUGAGACCAAAGAAGAAUUUAGCACCCGAAUUUAUCAAACCGGUAUAAUCAGUGGCUACAAAAGCAGAGCCUCCGUGGACAUAAUUCCGAUCAGAUUCGUCCUGCUCAAGUCAUAUGCAGACUAUAAUCCAGAAAUCCGCGAGUAUGUGGUGGAAGCAGGAAUACCAAUUUUGGUACGCAGGAAAACUCUCAAGCUGCGGUUCUCGAGGGAGUGGGCGAGUGGCGAUGAGAAGACAACGAUGAAGAGAUUUGCAAGGUAUAAAAGGGUCAUAGCUCGGUCUCCCAGGGAAGCCAACAAGUUACGGAACAAGUUGGGCAGAUAUCUCUACACAUCUAUGGGUCUUGACGAAGAUAAGCAUCUUCCUAUUGUUGAACAAAUUAUGGAAAUGCUUCCAUCAGCCGUGCCGGAUAAAGGUAUCAAGGUCCAAAUCAUCCAUGGUAUAUAUAGAGAUACGGAGGAGACGUUGCACUUGCACCAGGAGGAUUUAUACUGCAGGGCAAAGCUGAUUCCGGCAGCUGAAUCAUUCAUCCAGGCUUUGGAGGAAGUGAGGAGUCCGCCGCUUGAAUUGGAGUGUCCUAUCUGUAUGGAAAUGUUUGCACAGAAAAAAGGUACCAGCAUUACCAAGUUGCCCUGCUCACAUUAUUAUCAUCGAGAUUGCAUUGUCCCGUGGCUCCAGAUCAAUCAUCUCUGUCCCACUUGCCGCCACCCGAGUUGACUGCCACUAUGCUGUGAAAAUCAUAUGUUAACAAAUUUGAAACUGUCACUCAGUUUCCCCAGGCCAGAGUAUUCAGCUCUCAAAUUGCUCCCUAAUUGUUCAGUGUGUUAAAGAGUGAAUGAAUACAGCAUCCCUUGGUGCAUCAAGUCCUUAGUCCGUGAAGUGCAAAGCCUGCUGCAGUCCUUUUCAUCUGUGUCUCUCUCUCACAUUUUAAGAGAAGCGCGAUGGUGGAGCUCGGUCACUCUCUUCUGAACACCAAGAUCUGGUUUCCUCCUCAAGCGUUUGGAGAACCUGCGUUUAGUUUGGUCGCAUUCAUGGCUUUCUGUUG